AUGACUAGCCCUGGAUACGCGACUUUCUCGCAAGAAGAUGAUUGCGCAAAACAGCGAGCUAGCAAGGCCUGUAACCGCUGUCGUGCUGAAAAGGCAAGAUGUUCUGGUGGUUAUCCAUGCUCGAGAUGCAAGUCGUCUGAUACCGUGUGUAUCUUUGGUUUUGCAAAGAAGCCGAAGCGAAAAGUCUUCCCCGAGCACUACGUAAGAACGCUAGAGAUGCAGCAGUUCAAGCUGGCCGCUGGACUUCAGACCAUGUAUUUCAUGCUGCUGGCUGCCAAAGCGUGGCCAGGCACUCAACUUCCUGAGCAUAAGGGCAAUCCUCUUGUUCAUGACGUCCUGGACAGGCUUGGUCUGCUAGAGCACAAAGACGGCCAGGAUAUCGACAUCGAUUUCCACGAUCACGAAACCAAUACACAACACUCAAGCGCUGAGGAAGUUCUUCCGAUGAAACAUCCUAAGCAUGAUCAUGAUGCAGUACAAGCUUCACCGAUACCACCUGCUGUACAUGCCGAGUAG